GGCGGCUCCUCCUAGGGUUUCAUCACUAUAACUCAAGGUUUCAUUUCUUUCUUAUUCUCUCCUCUUUGCCGAACCUUCGUCUUCCUGCUCUCUGCUACACUUCACUUCACUUCAUCGUAUUCCUCACCGACAAUGGCUGACAAGGCGGUCACCAUACGUACCAGAAAGUUCAUGACCAACCGGCUUCUCUCCAGGAAGCAAUUUAUCAUUGAUGUUCUUCACCCAGGAAGACCAAACGUCUCUAAGGCAGAGCUGAAGGAAAAGUUGGCAAGAAUAUAUGAUGUGAAGGAUGCAAAUGCAAUUUUUGUCUUUAAGUUCCGAACUCACUUUGGAGGUGGUAAAUCAACUGGAUUCGGUUUGAUUUAUGAUUCUGUUGAAAAUGCAAAAAAAUAUGAGCCCAAGUACCGGCUCAUCAGGAAUGGACUUGACACUAAAGUAGAAAAAUCAAGGAAGCAAAUGAAGGAGAGGAAGAACAGAGCCAAGAAGAUUCGUGGAGUAAAGAAAACAAAGGCCUCGGACGCUGCCAAGGCUGGAAAGAAGAAAUGAGCUUACUGCUGUGUUUUUGUGCCUUGGCCUUUUUCUCUCUAUCAUGUCUUUGUUUCAUUCCUCCGUAAAUUUUAAUUCUUAAGUGGCGUUGGACACUGCAAAUGAAAUGAUCGAAAUCAAUGUCUGGAGAUUAUUGACACCAAUGUUUUAGCCAUUAAUUAAAAAUUUGGAGUGCUUUUGCAGGGAACAAUUUUGACAUUAGUGACCCUAUUAUAGUGAUGAAAGUUCUCAUAAAAAA